AUGCUGCUUCCUGUCCAGGCCGGCAGAGAAAAGAAGCCAGAAGACUAUGGAGUAGAUACCUUGAAAAUCACAGAUGACGAUGCAGCCUUCAUCCUUGGUAAGGGUGGGAAGACCAAGGAAAAGAUCGCUCGCGUCUCGGGCGCUGACAUCGAACUCUUCGAGCGAGAUCUGAUUCUGGAGAUCCGGGGCUCGAAGGUUCAGCGCCGCCGAGCGAAGAAGUACUGUGAGGGAGUCAUGGCGCAGAGAACUGGGCCUGUGAACAUCACCGAAGAGUAUAAUGAUGACGACUUGACCAUGCUCUUGGUCCCGCAAGAGACGGUUGGCUUCGUGACUGGCCGGGCGGGCAACUUCCUUCGCACGAUUGAAGAGGAGUGGGGAACCCUCAUGUUCUUCUGCGAAGUGGGCUCUGGCCGCAGGGACAAGGACUACGAGAAGCUGGCCAUCUUCGGCGACAUCCGUGGCCGCCGCGGGGCAGAGCUGAAGGUUUUAAGUGCCAUCGAGACAAAGAGCCCAGGCUACCUCAGCAAGAUCAAGCAUGAGGUGAUAGACCGUGACAAGGGCAAAGAUCCGGAAGGUACGUGGUCAACAGACACCAUGACGUUCCAGGACGAUGAGUUGUCCUAUGCGUUGGGCAAGCAGGGUGGCACGCGCAAGAAGCUUGAGCGUGCAUCAGGAUGCAUCGUGCAGUACGUUGGCCACACCUGCCUCUUUUCCGGAACGCGUGCUGAGCGUCGCCGAGCAAAAGACUACAUGAAGUGGCUCUUUGCCCAGCUCGAAGGCCCUGUGUAUGUGGAUGGUUGGGAGGAUCGCGACGACUGCUGUGUCGUUCACGUUCCUUCAGACUGCAUCGGUUACAUUACUGGUAGCCGACGUGCCACUCUGGGCCGGAUGGAAGAAGAGUGGGGCACCUUGAUGUUCUUCAUGACGAAGGACGGAGACAAGGGCGGACGUGCCGGGCAGGCGGAGAAGCUCAUCAUCUGCGGCAAUGAGCGAGGUCGACGAGGUGCUGAGCUGAAGUGCAUGAAUGAAAUUGAGAAGAAGGCACCUGGCCAUUUCUCCAGGGGUCUCAGGGAAAAGUUCUCCGACAGCAGAGGAUUUGACACAGAUCGCAUGGCCAUCAAAGAGGAUGAGCUAAGCUAUGUGAUCGGAAAAGAAGCUGCCACGCAGAAGAAGAUUGAAAAGGCUGCUGGCUGUAUUCUACAGUUUGUGGGUCGCUACGCGUUCAUGGCCGGCAUUGGCAAGGAACGCCGCCGCUGCAAGGAAUACAUUGGCUGGCUGCUACAACAGCUCAAAGGUGCCGUGACCAUCCCCGAUGUGACAGACAGGGAUGACUGCACGGAGAUGCAUAUCCCUGCAAACUGCAAGGGCUGGGUCACUGGAAACCGUGGUUCCGAGCUACGCCGCAUGGAGCACGAGACAUCCACCUACAUGUUUAUGGCUUUGGAUGGCCGUGGCGAUGAGCGGCUCUGCAUCUUCAGCCAUGAAGCAGGAUCCAAAGUCAGCAAUACCGGUCGAAUGGCAGCAGAACGGCUCGUGAACGAGUUGGUUCAGGAAAAGCUCCGCGGAGACGAGGACCGGCGCGGCCGCUCCGACUCCCGAGGGAGGAGUCCGCCACGGCGUUCUGACUCCCGUCGGCGCUCGCCGUCGCGGUCUCGAAAUCGAUCACCGCCCCGCAGAUCGCCCUCCUACAGGGGAGGAGGAGGAGGCGGAGGCGGACGUGGCCGUGACUCGCGACCUCGAGCUCGUAAUGACUCCAGGCGUCGAUGA